AUGACAAUAGGGCAAUCAAAGUUAUAUAAUUCCAAAAUUACUCCAGUCGGUGAAUUUUGUGUUGCUGAGUGUUUAAGACAAAAUGAACCAAUCAUCAUCAUUGUAGCAGUUUAUAUCUCACCAAAUCAAAAAAUAGAUGAAAUAGAUGAUAUAGUUUAUUUUUUAAAAAGAUCGUUGAUUGCCUAUUCUACCAAAGGUACACCAUUACUCGGCAGGGGAGAAAAUAAACUGCCUAUGAUUCUGAGUGGAGACUUUAAUGUUAAUUUUGCAUCGGAUAGAUCAGAACCAUUAACACAAUUUUUUCUGUGA